CUUCCUCGUUAAAGUUACGCGGAGGAGCUGUUUGAUUAAGCUUUUCAUCUAAACUUAUAUUUUAGUUGACAACUUUGUAAAGCUCGCUAACUUAGCUAACAAGCUACUGCUUCAGUAAAGCAAUAGCAGAAGGCAAACGACAGGAGAGUACACAAUGUCAUCCGUGGAAGAGAAAGAAAUGGAAGAGCAAGGGGACUGCACUGACGCCAAGCCGGAUAAAAGCCAAGGGCCUCAGAAGGUGUCAGCAGGGCCGCAGUCCUCGCAGGUGGACGCAAAGCCCAACUCUUACAGUUACAAAUACAAAAUGGACUACCCCAACAUCGGGCAGUGCAUCAUCGUCAACAACAAGAACUUUGACAGAAGAACAGGAAUGAAUGUCCGUAAUGGCACGGAUGUCGACGCUGGGAAUGUGAUGAAAGUGUUUGGAAAACUGGGAUAUAAAGUGAAGGUUUACAAUGACCAAACGGUGGACCAGAUCAAACAAGUUUUGUUUGCAGCCUCCAGGGACGACCACAGCCAGUCGGCCUCAUUCGUGUGCGUCCUUCUGAGCCACGGGGACGAGGGCAUUCUCUUCGGCACGGACGGCUCCGUGGAGCUGAAGGCCCUGACCAGCCUGUUCAGGGGCGACCGCUGCACCACUCUGGUGGGCAAGCCCAAACUCUUCUUCAUCCAGGCCUGCCGCGGGACGGAUCUGGACGGGGGCAUCGAAACGGACAGCGUAGAUGACAGGGCUCCAGAGAAGAUCCCAGUGGAGGCAGACUUCCUGUACGCCUACUCUACUGCCCCAGGGUAUUACUCCUGGAGGAACACCAUGACCGGCUCCUGGUUCAUCCAGUCCCUGUGUGAGAUGAUAACCCGCUUCGGCAAGGAGCUGGAGCUCAUGCAGAUCAUGACACGCGUCAACCACAAGGUGGCGCUUGACUUCGAGUCCGCCUCCAACCUCCCUGGCUUCGAUGCCAGGAAGCAAAUACCAUGCAUCGUCUCUAUGCUGACCAAAGAGGUGUACUUUUGAGCCCCUUUAUGUAGCUGUUUAUUGUAUGUUUAAUAUCGAGAGCUGAAGGCUGUUUGUAGCGGUCUGGGGCUGUUUAAAAGUUCAGGGUUUUUUUAUUUUUCAAUUUUUUAUCUUUUUUCCCCUUAGUCCUAUGGGGACAAAGCAUAGUUCUCAGGACUAUAUUUGCUGUGUCAUCUUAUACUGAAAACCACUUUACACAGCAGUGCAUUAAUGUGAAUGUUUUGUCCCGUAGUAAAGUGGACAUCAGUGAUUAAUUCACAUUUUGAUGUUCUCCAGCCCACCAGCAGCUCUGUCUUCUCUGAAGACACACUGUGUAUAGGAACCACUGUAGCACAACAGCAGCCACUAUAGCAAAACCUAUCGCACUACAAGGGAAAAGUCAGCUGUGCUUAAAUCAAAUGCACCAUAGUAGUAGCCCAGGACACCCACAAAGGUCUGUAAGGGAAAAGGUGUUUGUGCGUUAAAACAAUCUUUGUCCUUGUGAUUCAUACUCUUUGGCCACUCUGAUAUCUCAUACUGCUCUCUGAGUUGGCACUAGCGCCUUUGUAAAAAUGUAUGUGUACCUGAUUGAGUGCACACCGGGCUGUCACCUGAUUUUUGCUGACCCUCUAGCAGUGACACCAGGAGUAGAGCCAUUAGAAUAGUGGGAGAAUCUUUCAGCAGCGGCUUCAGUCAUUGGCUAUUUCGGCAGCUAUGCAGACAUCCGGUCCGCCUCUUUCACAAGCAGUGGUACAAUCAACUAGUGCCUCGUGUUGCUUUGUAAGAUAUAGACCCCAUAGGUGUCUCUCUGGCACCCAAAUGAUGAGAGGCAUUUUCACACCACAGGUCUGUCAGGGGCCUGGCCCUACUUUGGCAUUGAGCCAGUGGAUGGUUUUUUCAGUAGUUCACUGUUGGAAUCUGCCACUGAUUACGGGUAAGCCACAACGUGCCUGAUGCCUGGUCAUCCCAACGCACCUCAGAUUGCCGACUAAGAAUUUCAGUCUCACAAGUGUUCCCUUACUGAACCCUGAACCAGGACAGCACUUGCAUAAUCUAGGCAUGUGUAACAGAUAGCUGUACUCUUUCAGAGUAGUUGAGCCACACCUGAUAGUCAGUUUACACCACAUGACAUGAAACAUCUUAAAUCAAUCAUCAUGUUUCUCACGCUAUGUGAAAAGAUCUGAAUUGUACCACAGUGGGGCAACCACACUCUCCCAUCGGUAGUAGUCUUACUGCAAUGUCAGGGAGUCAAAUAACUACAAAUUUCAUUUUAACUUAAUUUUCACAGGCUUUGAGUCAUGUCACGAGUCAUGGCAGUCAUGAAGAGUGUUCAACUGGUCAUGAAAAGUGUUUUAUCAAAAUGGGGACAAUACAUCCUAAAGAAAACAGUUUGCAAGAUAUGUGGAUAUUAAGCUAUUAUACGCAUGUAUAAAAAAUGCUUAAUCUGCUAUGAGAGAAGAUUUGUUUACCUAAAGAGGUGUUUUUACUCAACAUAUAGCUCAUUAGGUACAUGGAUAUCUGUGGGGCUGAUGUCACUGUGAUGAGCGCAUUUCCAGCAAUUUGAUUUGAUGCCAGUAUGUGAAACUGUAUGUAUGUCAUUGUUUUCAUAAGAAUUUACAUGGGAUGGCUGUUUUAAUUGUUGGAUAAAAGCCACAAUAGCUGCGAAACCAUUCACCUUUUCAGCAAUUUUUCUCUUUUCGAAGGGAAGAAAGUUUGGAGACCUAAUUUUAUUCUUAAUUUGAGAAUAAGCCAAUUUAAUUGGAUGACAAUGAAUUUUGCAAAAGAUAUUUUGUAAGCCUCCUUUCAGGGAAAUGAAAAGGAAUGCUGGUUCUAUACAUUGGUGCUUGUGUCAUUUCACAUGGACAUGUAUUACAAGUUAAGCAUUUAUGCCUCUCACACUACUCCUUUAUUGGUGUUGUUUUCCAGUUUCUGUGGUGUAAAGGGAAGAAUAAUAUGAAUUAAGGGGGUUUUGUACAAU